ACUUAACCAUGGUUUGAACUCUUCUUGUGUUGUGGGAGAUCAGCUCUCUCUCUCUCUCUCUCUCUCUCUCUCAAACCCAGAUCUGCCUCUAGAUCUGAUUUCUCUAACCACAAGCAAUGCCGUUGCCGGAUUCUUUGACCCCCAUAUCCUUUCUACUGCUUCUUAGCCUUAUUUGCAUUCACGCUUCCGUCCAUAAUUACGCCGGACUCAAGUUCUCCAGAAAAGGAAAUGCAUAUGUAGUCCAUGGAGGAAGUGAAGGAAUCUAUUACUCUCAUCCUAACCUCAAUCAAUCCUCCGCCUCCUCCAAUGGCGAUGCCUAUAUUCGUUUUGAAAAGAUCAUAUUCCGAAGACCUCAGGAAGCUUCGAACUUCAGCACCGGGUUGAUUUAUGCCAUUCUUUUUGAGGUGGAUGACCGAGAGACUAUUGGUGGCUCUGCCUAUGGAGGCCAAAGAGCUAUCUGUUGCACCUCAGAUCUAGCGAAAUUGGGUGCAUGUAAGGAAGGGGAAGUUAUUCAUCGCCUAUCAGCAAUAAAUCCUGGUUGGCCUGAAGUGUUUGGUGUCUCAUUUGAUGUCAAUGAGGAAAUUUCCACUAUGCAACCGAGGUCUGUGCAGAUUACAAGAACCGGGAUGUAUAAUUUGUACUUCAUGCACUGUGAACCAAGACUUGGUGAUAUGGUUGUAGAGGGGAAAACUAUAUGGAAAAAUCCCAGCGGUUACCUGCCAGGUAGAAUGGCACCGCUUUUGAACUUCUAUGGGUUCAUGUCUCUUGCAUUUCUAGUUCUUGGAAUCUUCUGGUUCUCCCAGUAUGCAAGAUACUGGAAGGAGGUUCUUCAAUUGCAGAAUUGUAUAACAUUAGUUAUAACAUUGGGUAUGUUCGAGAUGGCAUUAUGGUAUUUUGAUUAUGCAGAAUUUAACGAGAGUGGGGUGCGACCAACGGGGAUUACCAUAUGGGCAGUAACCUUUGGCACUGUCAAACGCACUGUUUCACGCUUAAUCAUCCUUACUGUUUCUAUGGGAUAUGGUGUUGUAAGACCGACCCUGGGUGGUCUUACUUCAAAAGUUGUCAUGCUUGGAGGAACCUUUUUCCUUGCAUCUGAAGUGCUUGAACUGGUAGAGCAUGUUGGUGCUGUCAGUGAUCUUUCAGGAAAGGCAAUGUUAUUCUUGUCUCUCCCUGUGGCAGUCUUGGAUGCAUUCUUUGUACUAUGGAUAUUCACCUCCCUUUCUGCAACUCUGAAUAAACUCCAGGCUAAGCGAAUGAUGGCCAAACUAGAUAUAUACAGAAAAUUCACAAAUGCUUUGGCUGUUGCUGUUAUUGUGUCGGUGGGCUGGAUAUGCUAUGAGCUUUAUUUCAAGUCAACUGAUAUAUACAACGAACAAUGGCAAAAUGCUUGGAUCAUCCCUGCCUUCUGGCAAGUUUUGUCGUUUUCUCUUCUCUGUGUCAUCUGUGCUCUUUGGGCACCAUCUCAGAAUUCAAUGCGAUACGCGUAUUCAGAUGACGGAAGUGAAGAGUUUGACAAGGAGGAUAGUUUGACACUCAUAAAACCAUCUGCUGCUGUUUCAACAAAAGACGAGAAUGAACUAGGGUCGGUUCAGAUAGAGAGGGAGGAUGGAGAAGAAGAUAAAAGAGAGUAAGGGUGUAUUUUGGUUGCAUCUUUGUAUGCUUAAUUAAGUCCUAAAUUUGUUUUGUUAAAUUAUAUAGAGAGUUUAGACUCCUAGCUACUGCUACUGCUACUGUAUAUUUGAAAAGGAUUUUAAAAUAUUCCUUUUAAAUGAGAUGUGAAUGUUAUGUUGAUUGAAUACAAACCACUUGCUUUAUUUUUGUUG